UUAGAAAGCAGAAUAAGACCAGUGUGCUUUCUACUGAUGUAUUUAAUAGCGAAGGAGAGAUAGACUCAGUAGUGUGUAUGCUAUUGAAUCAAACAGAAGUGAAGGCCAGUGAUUGUGUGAGAAUCUGGAUUUCAAAUCUGCAAAAGGAAGGUGAAAAAAGGUUUGGGCCCCAUGGGAUCCCUGUGACAGUGUUUCCCAAAAGGGAAUAUAAGGAGAAACCUAAAGUCAUGCAGCUCCAAAGUAAUACAUUCCAAGAAGGGAUAGAAGUCAAGCAUGAAGUGAAUUGUGCUGUUCCCGAUGACCCUUCUCCCAUCUCGCCUCCCAAGCCAGGCUUGGCUGAAAGCCUGUGGACUUCCAAACCACUGCCUCUCUUCCAUGAAAGAGCACCUUACCCUCCCCCUUUGUUUAUCAGGGACACCUAUAACCAGUCAAUACCUCAGCCACCGCCUUGGAAAAUUAAGCGACCCAAACGAAAAAUGUACAGGGAAGAACCUACUUCAAUAAUGAAUGCUAUUAAACUGCGACCCAGGCAAGUCCUGUGUGACAAGUGUAAAACCAGUGUUGUUGCAGAGAAAAAGGAAAUUAGAAAAGGUAGUAGUGCAAGUGACUCUUCUAAAUACGAAGAUAAAAAACGGAGAAACGAAAGUGUAACUACUGUGAACAAAAAACUGAAAACUGACCAUAAAGUGGAUGGGAAAAACCAAAAUGAAAGCCAGAAAAGAAAUGCUGUGGUGAAGGUUUCCAAUAUUGCUCAUAGCAGAGGCAGAGUAGUCAAAGUUUCUGCUCAGGCAAAUACAUCAAAAGCUCAGUUAAGUACUAAAAAAGUGCUCCAGAAUAAGAACAUGGAUCAUGCAAAAGCUCGGGAAGUGUUGAAAAUUGCCAAAGAAAAGGCACAAAAGAAGCAAAGUGAAACCUCUACAUCCAAAAAUGCACAUUCAAAAGUCCAUUUCACACGUCGCUAUCAGAGUCCUAGCUCAGGUUCCCUUCCACCCCGGGUUCUUUUAAAACCACAAAGGUACGGGAAUGAAGAAAAUGACUCUUCUUUGAAGACGGGACUUGAGAAAAUGCGGAGUGGCAAGAUGGCACCCAAGCCCCAGUCUCGCUGCACCUCUACCCGCUCAGCAGCACAGAGACAUUAGCAGGAUGCUGGUUUCAUGGACCGGUCCCAUAAUGACACCACACCAGAGCAUCAGGACUGAGUGACAUUGGAGACUCAGAUUUUUAAAGCUGCACUAAGAAGUUAAUGUUAAGGCAGUGGUUAAAACCAACAGUCUAU